CACAACACGGUAAACGCUGCUCGUGUGUGUAAAAGUAUUUCAAAGUAAGCAUUUCCUCACAUUUUAACGUAGUACCCGAUUGUACACGAGUUUACAGGUUUUACUUAUGACAAGACGAGUUGGCUUGUGAAGACGGGAGACGCUGCUGCUUCUGACUGAUGAACUGUUCGAAGCUAAGCUAACUGUUAGCUUCCAGCUCCAUUCACCGAGCAGAGGAAGUAGGAGAGGUGUAAAAACACAUAGAGGGCUUGGGAACAUUCUGGGGGAUCGAUGGGUGUGAAGGGUCUGCAGAACUUCAUGCAGCGCUGCUGUCCAGAAGCGUGUGUGACUGUGGACCUCAGAAAGAUGGCCUCACAACACGUUGCCAGAAACACAACCUCAGCCCACAGCACAGGUCCCACACUUGUUGUGGAUGGGAUGGCCUGUCUGUGCCACUGGUACACGUGUGAGAACUGGGUGUGUGGGGGGCAGUGGAGGGAAUACAUGGAUGUCCUGAAGAGCUGGGUGGAGGCAUUCAACUCCAUAGGCAUCAGACUGGUCUUCUUCUUUGAUGGAGUGGUGGAAGAGCAGAAGAGACAAGAGUGGGUAAAGAGAAGACACAGGGUGAAUGGACAAAUUUCUAAAAUAUUUCGUCACAUCAAGGAACAUGGAGAGCAGCCUGGAAGAGAGCUCUUCUGUCUGCCCUCUGGUCUGGCAGCAUUCACAAGCUUUGCUCUCAGGUCCUUGGGACAGGAAGUGUUUUGCUCAGUACAGGAGGCUGACUAUGAAAUUGCCAGCUACGCUCGUCAGCAUUGCUGCAUGGGCAUUCUGGGACAGGACUCAGACUUCAUCAUAUAUGACAGUGCCCCCUACUUGUCAGUGGAAAAGCUGAGAAUAAACAGCUUCACCACAGUCCUGUACGACCGACAGAGGUUCUGCCGAGCCAUCGGACUAGCUGUCCCCCAGCUACCACUGCUGGCUUGUCUCCUUGGUAACGAUGUGGUGUCAAAGGAGCAGAUGCAGCACAUCAGGAACAAUGCCAUGGCAACAUACAGGAAAAACAAUCCUGCACCACAACUUGGUGCUCCCCAGGCGCAAAUGGUGCUAGCUGUAUCCCAGUAUGUGAGCUCUUUGUGGGGCGGGGAGGAGGAAGAGACUGGGCACAUCCUUCAAUGCAUGAAUCUGUCAGCUCCUCACAGAGAGCUACUGAAGAGAGGGAUCUGCUCCUACUUACUACCUGGACAGGAAGACCUGCAGCGGGGUGACAUCUCUGCACGUCCCUCUGCGAUUGCCUUGAAGAAAUACGUUAGUCCAGAAAUAUUAAAAGCAUGCAGAGAGAAGCAUGUAGCAGCAGAGGGUUCUAUGGUUUACCCUGUUGUGUUUGAGGGAGUCGUCCAAUGUAGUAACACUUUGGAGGAUGAGCAGGACACUGAACUGUUGCCUCAGGCCCUCGUAUUCAAAUCCUGCAGACAGCGCAUCUACGGACUGCUGCUCGAUCAUGAUGGCAGCACUGUUGACACUCCAGCGAUCAGGGAAUGGUUUGUUUUCCCCGGAAACCCACUGAAGGAACCUCACAUGGUCCACCCUGUCCCAGUCAACCUCCCGUGUGGUCGUCCCAAUUUGGACUUGUUGUGGUUUGGCACUGGUUCUGAUGUUUCUGCCCUUCGUCUGACGUCUUUCCUUACGAUACUUGACUGCCAGGACUUCACUGAGUUGUACGGCAGCAUUGAAGUCUCUCUCCUGGCUGUGCUCUGUCUGGUCACUUACAUAGUCCUGCAGGUGCAGGCUGUGUCUCAAGAGGACGUUGACGCUUACCUGAGUCAGGCCGUCUGUCUGAGCAUGAAAUCCCCUCAGGAGCUUCAGUACAUCAAGCUGCCUUUCCUCUCCAGUCGUGCAGUACAGCUGGGAUCUCUUUAUGUCCGAGGGCUGAGCCACCUGCUGGGAGCAAACUGUGCCAGCGGCUACCCGCUGCCCAACACUGCCCUGAUGCCCUGGCACAGUUUUGAUGGACAGCUGUUCCAGUCAAAGUACCUGCUGGCACAUAGUGGGACAGAGACAACUGUGCUGCUAGACAGUGAUUCUUCCCGUCUAUCCCUGUUUCUCCACCUGAGAGAGAAGCUCAUAGAAACCUGCAGGAAGAGAGGCAGAGUCCUGCAGUCAAGACCAACACCCAUCCUACCAGAGCAAAGUCAUAAAUCCACUUCAGUACCCGGAUACAGGGGGAGACAUGCAGGUUGGACUUCAGGUGGUUGUGAGGGAUGGAGGACAAGAGGAGAGGUGAGAGGGGAGCAUCAACAUAGAGGUGGAUGGAGGGAGAGAGGAGAGGAAAGAACAGACCGAAGUGAAAAUGACAACAGAGAGAGACUGUGGGAUAGAGGACACAGAGGAGGAGGCCAACAUUUUCAUCCUAGUACUUAUCCUGAGCAUCACAGUGGAGGUCUCCACAACAUGAACCGUCCUCCUGGACAGUCCAGAGGUAGAUCGUAUCGCAGCAGAGGAAGAUACCAACUGGCUCCCAGGUGGUCUCAGCCGCCUGCACCAGGAACAUAACUCGACCCUGAACAGAGAGCAGAGGAUUAGUGGAGAGGGCUUGAGGAGUUAAGAGGAUGAGAAAGUCGUGAUGAAAGCAGAGAAGGAAUCAGAUUUCUGUGAACAAACUGAUUAGUGAAUUAGCUGUCAGGAAUGUUUGUCUAAUUAUA